AUGUUCUCCGAACGUUUGUCACUGCAUGUAGUGUCAAAUUAUGCAAACAAUGCAGAUCUUAAACUUCUAAUCCUCAAACUUGGACAUGGCUAUGACCUCCAAGCUCUCCUUGGACCAAACUUACCUUGCAAAAAAAAACCCUCAAACAUCUUCAAUUCCAUGUUCAUCUCCACUGCAAGCACUGCCUCAAAGAUGCUAAUCUCUACUGCCUCUUCAGCCAUGAUUAACAGAGAAGGAGAAAGAUGGGGAGUCAUGGAUCACGUCAGAUAUCUAAUCAUGUUAGUUGUUUGGCUCCAUGUUUGGGCUCUUCGUUUCUUCAUGGAUAUGUUUCCGGGUAGACAAAAACCUUCUUUUUAUACCAUUGGUUAUGGAUCAUCUUCUUCUUCAUCAUCAUCAUCAUCCAUGGCUUUGGUCCCAUAUGACAAGCAUGGAAGGAGCUGGUGUGCUUCUACUCUUGGGAUUGGAAGAUCACUCUCUCAUAUGUUGGGGAUGUUGAAUGAAAUUCCAGCGAGCUCAAGAAAGUAUGAGUUCAUGCUGGCGAUGGCGGAUAAGAUGUUGAACGAGAACAUGCAACAAGGGCACCCAGCGUUGAUCGACGUGAACAGAGCGGUGCUCUCGUCGGCGUUUUCCCACACGUGGAUUGUGCCAGCGAUGGACACGUGGAGGUCGGGGUCUAAGUUUGAGAGACGGGUGGCGGUGACGGCGCCGACGGUGAGCACGAGUGAGUGGUUGGAGGCGGAGAAGUUGGCGCAUGAGUUGGUUUGGAUUACUAAUAAGUUGAUAGCCAACGAUGCUAUCGGGGAAGCCAUCGUACGGUGGGCCUUUGCCUCGGGAUUGGCUGGAUUAUCUCUCACUUCUCAUCCAAGGGUCCAGAGUUCACUCAUCAAAGUUACAGCGAUGUUGGUGAGAGAAAUGGCAAAAGGAGAAUGGGAGAGGAUGGGGAGACAGGUGAGAUUUGGAAUAGUGGCGAUAUGGCUUCCGUUGUUAUGUUAUGCGAGGAAUGGGGUGACGGCGCCAGUGCUAGUGGGGUUAGAGAGAUGGGAGCUGGAAAGAGCUAUAGAAGAGCUCAUUGGAACUUUACCAUUGGAUGACCAGGAGAUCAUACUUGGUAAUUGGCUGGAGGACUUUGCGGCGUCGGAUAGUAACUGGCCGAACCUCCAGGGGAGCUUUGAACGAUGGUGUUGUCAAUCUCGGAAGCUUCUGCAGUGA